AUGGGAGGCACGGCUCGAGGGCCCGGGCGGAAGGAUGAGGGGCCGCCGGGGGCCGCACUCCCGCCGCAGCAGCGGAGAUUGGGGAAUGGUGUCUAUGAUACCUUCAUGAUGAAUGAUGAAACCAAAUGCCCACCCUGUUCAAAUGUACCCUGCAAUCCUUUUGAACCACCUCUACCCAGAAGACUAAAUAUCACCACUGAGCAUUUAACAAGAGAUCCUACUCAACGCUUUCUGAAUGGAGGUGAGAUGAAGGUAGAACAGCUAUUUCAAGAAUUUGGCAUCAGAAGAGCCGACAACCUUCAGUCGGAUGGUAUCAACGAUUCUGAAAAAUGCUCUCCCACCGCCUCUCAGGGUAAAAGCUCGGAUAGUUUGAAUACAGUGAAAUCCAGCAGUUCAUCCAAACCAUCCAAAGUGGUGCCUCUGACUCCAGAACAGGCCCUGAAGCAAUAUAAGCAUCACCUCACUGCUUAUGAGAAGCUGGAAAUUGUCAAUUAUCCAGAAAUUUACUUUGUGGGUCCAAAUGCCAAAAAAAGACAUGGAGUUAUUGGUGGUCCUAAUAACAGCGGGUAUGACGACGCAGAUGGGUCCUAUAUUCACGUGCCUCGAGACCAUCUAGCUUAUCGAUAUGAGGUGCUGAAAAUUAUUGGCAAGGGCAGUUUUGGGCAGGUAGCCCGGGUCUAUGAUCACAAACUUCGACAGUACGUGGCCCUGAAGAUGGUGCGCAAUGAAAAGCGCUUCCAUCGCCAAGCGGCCGAGGAGAUCCGGAUUUUGGAGCAUCUUAAAAAGCAGGAUAAAACCGGUAGCAUGAACGUUAUUCACAUGCUAGAAAGUUUCACAUUCCGGAACCAUGUUUGCAUGGCCUUUGAACUGCUGAGCAUAGACCUUUAUGAGCUCAUUAAAAAAAACAAGUUCCAGGGCUUUAGCAUCCAGUUAGUUCGCAAGUUUGCUCAAUCCAUCUUACAAUCCCUGGAUGCGCUCCACAAAAACAAGAUCAUUCACUGUGACCUAAAGCCAGAAAACAUUCUCCUGAAACAGCACGGGCGCAGCGCAACCAAGGUCAUUGACUUCGGCUCCAGCUGUUUCGAGUACCAGAAGCUGUACACUUACAUCCAGUCUCGGUUUUACAGAGCCCCGGAGAUCAUCCUGGGAAGCCGCUACAGCACACCCAUCGACAUAUGGAGUUUUGGCUGCAUCCUUGCAGAACUCUUAACAGGGCAGCCGCUCUUCCCUGGAGAGGAUGAAGGAGACCAGCUGGCCUGUAUGAUGGAACUUCUGGGGAUGCCACCGGCAAAACUUCUGGAACAAUCCAAACGUGCCAAGUACUUUAUUAACUCCAAGGGCCUGCCUCGCUACUGUUCUGUGACCACGCAGGCCGAUGGGAGGGCUGUGCUUGUGGGAGGCCGUUCCCGGAGGGGUAAGAAGCGGGGUCCCCCGGGCAGCAAAGAUUGGGUGACAGCGCUGAAAGGCUGUGAGGACUGCUCCUUUAUCGAGUUUCUGAAAAGAUGUCUCCACUGGGACCCCGCUGCCCGCUUGACCCCAGCUCAAGCAUUAAGACACCCUUGGAUUAGCAAAUCUGUUCCUAGACCUCUCACCAUUGAAAAGGUGUCAGGCAAACGGGUAGUAAAUCCUGCAAAUGCUUUCCAGGGCCUGGGUUCCAAGUUGCCUCCAGUUGUAGGAAUAGCCAAUAAGCUCAAAGCUAAUUUAAUGUCAGAAGCCAGUGGUGGUAUGCCUCUGUGCAGUGUAUUGCCAAAACUGAUUAACUGAUGGGCAGCAGUGUGCCUAGAGAUGCAUAUGGAUGUAUUUUUAAUUAUCUUGCAAACCUGAAAAUGGAAAGGAAAAAAAGCCCAUUGGUGGAUGUGUUUUUUGUCAAUGUAGAUUUCU